AUGAAUUUGAUGUCGAAUUUGAUAUUCCAGUCACAUAUCCGACAACUGCGCCUGAAAUUGCCCUGCCUGAAUUGGACGGCAAAACUGCAAAAAUGUACAGGACGAAUCUGUUUGUCGGAUCAUUUCAAACCGUUAUGGGCCCGAAAUGUUCCGAAAUUUGGCAUUGCCCAAGCGUUUUCGCUGGGACUGGGGCCGUGGUUAGCUGUGGAAGUGCCGGAUCUUGUUGCGCGUGGUGUGAUACAGCCGAAAGCUGCUUGA